CAAGUCAUUGAUUUGUAUCAGCAUUAGGCAACAUUUGUUCAAUGCAUUGCAUGUUGUUCCUUCGGAGUUCGGAGCCUUCGACAAUGGCUAACCGAGUGAAGACAUAGCUAUCGGUAUUCGUUCGUGAGCUAAUGCUGUCGCCUGAAAGUAAGCGCAGACAUGGGGAUAUGAAUCUCAUCUCAUCUCAUUGUACCUUGUACCAAGAAUUGUUGCUAGGCAGAUGCAUUAAGUUUUGCGACAUGGAAAUAUUUUCUGUUGUCAUAUUGUUGGCGCUAUCGUGCGUACUGAGCACAGGGACGAGUUCAUCCCUUCAGCAACCUCUCGGAGCUGAACUCUUUGAGUUCCGCCCCCCUCGUGCCAAUGAUGCCGGCGACAUCGCGACAGUGAUUGUUGACGCGUUCUCCCGAGCGCCAGCCUGGAAAUAUGUUCAUCAGUUCGCAGAUGAAUACCCUGGCUAUAUCCGGUCCUGUCUUGAACGAAAUAUCAAACGCACGCUCGAGAACAACACAAGUAGCGAGCACGUGAGCAGAGUGAUAUCAGUGCCCGACCACACCACUGGGUCUGGGUCACGCGUCGUAUCAUUCUCCGAUUGGCAAUUCAACAGAACUAAAUCUCAUCCAGAUUUGUUCACGUUGGCAAUGCUCGAGAACGGCGGUAAUUGCUCCAAGCAUCUCGACUCCAACCAGACCCGCUCCGAGGAUUACAUGAAGCACCUGAAAAGUGCAGUAGAGACGCAUCUCGACAAUGUCUAUGAACGCCAUGUCUAUUUAUCCCUCAUUGCGACUCAUCCAAAGUGGGACGGUAAUGGCUUUGCAGCCGUUCAUCUACGUUGGGGUAUGGGCUUGGCCGAUGAAAUGGAAUUGCCGACUACGUUGAUUGCGACGCCAGCUGGAUACCCGCUAUACAAGUCAGUCGGGUUUGAGGAUAUCUAUAACGAUACUCUAGAGAGGCUAGAUGGCGAGGGCAUAAUUUGGCAUGAGGUUAUGAAGCAUUCUCCCUGAGGUGCACAUUGUAUCUUUUUGGAUUUGGAUUUAGACUUACAAGGUAAAUGUUGCCCAUAUUUGAGGCAUUCAAUGGUGGUAGCGCGGGAUUUUGCGAAGGCAGAGCUAUUGAGUUGCUAUAUGCUGCCGGAUUGCCACCAACCUUAAGUCAUUUAUACUCUGACCUUUAGACUAGUCUAGUCACAAUCUGUUAAUUGUGUAAUACCCCGGAAACUUCAAUAUUUAUAUCAUACACCGA